ACGUCACGGGGUAUUUUGUAGGCACAACUCUGAAGUUAUCGCUAGUUAAAAAGUUAAACCUUUUAGACCUUUCUGUUUUUAACAGAGCUCCCACCAUGACGGACCAGAGGUUUGCGAUCACCAUCUCUGUAAUGACCCUGUUCUGGGCUCUUGUUGGAGGAGUUGUGCCCUGGUUCAUCCCCAAAGGACCAAACAGAGGAGUAAUUGUCACAAUGUUGGUGUUAACUGCAGUCAGCUGCUAUCUCUUCUGGUUGAUCGCUAUUCUGUCCCAGCUGAAUCCCCUGUUUGGUCCGUCUCUGUCCAACGACACUAUCUGGUACCUUCGCAGUCAAUGGCCAUAACUUGUUUUGUAAUAUUUACAUAAGACUCCUCAUCUUGCAGUUUCUCUUGUCGUCGGAUGGCCUGACACUGCUGCAUUUCAAUGCAAGUUUUCCUGCAGGGAUCAUUCCUUCUGAAAUUGCUGAAAGCUCAGACCCCUGUGUGAUCGUUUCUCAAGUGAUGCCCUCUCUGGUUCAACAUGAUUUUCCAUGGGAUGAAAAAUUGCCUCUGGAUCUUCGAUACUUGUUUUGUUUGUAUAUUGUGUGCAUUGUGCUUAAUAUUGCUGUCAGUAAUGGAUGAGAUGUAAUUAUUCUUUUGAUG